AUGGCGGGGUCUGCGUGGGAGUCGGUAGCCAGUGCCAGAGGAGCCGCUGGUGCCGGUGAUGGAGGUCGGUUGCCGGGGGGAGCCACCGGUGCCUGGAAGGGUUGCACGGGCGGCGUGGCGAGCGGCCUGCAUGGGCAGCGACGGGGCGGGCUGCUGGGCAAGGCGGCGAUGAGUGCAGCGGCAGGGCGGCACGAGGGAGGCCGGGAGAUUUGGGCGCUGGUGCCGGUGCCGGUGACUGUGGCCGGUGCCAGUGAUGGAGGCCGAUCGUCGGGUGUCGGAGGAAGCCUGGAAAAAGGUGUCGUCGGGUGCAGGUACAGUGGCAGGGCCAGCGCAGAACUACAGUCUGGGCAAGGAAAAAUAGAUAAUGUACAAGUUACAGAUAAUACUCCAUCGACAGUAAUAGAUACUGCACCAAGUGGCGAAGCUACCUGUGCAAAAGAGGAUGCCAAAAGAUAUACACUGGGAGAGGAUAAGGAAGAAAAGGAAAAGGAGACUAUACCAUCAGUUGAUUCCCCUAUAAAACUUUUGGGUCUAUUGUAA